GCUACGCGUUGUAAACAUGAAUGCGCAUGCGCGGUGAGCCUUCACCCGGAAAUAGAUCUCUUGCGCUUUCAUUUAUUACACCGAUUGGACGGUAAACAGGUCUCUGGAAGUUAUGGCUCACAUGGGGAAUUUUGCGCGGCCUCCUUUAUCUCGACCACCACCGUCCUGGGACGAACAUCAGGCCUAUGAGGAGCUGCUGUACUGGGAUAAUCUGAUUCAGGAGGGAGUCCGACUUCACCCGCCAGACUACGAACGAUAUGAAGAGCUGCGGUAUUGGUUUGACUGCUUGUGUUACGAGGAAGACCUCAGGCAGUACAAUGAUUAUGUGGUGGAGUACAGAAAAUGGGAAGAUCAGCAUGUGCACCCGGGAGAGCAACCAAUGAAGCUGCCGCCCAUGCGCACCUUCAUGAAUGAGGACCGCUACGUGAGAGCCAAGCACACCACCAUAUACCCAUCAGCGGAGCAGCUGGAGGGCGUGCAGAACAUGGUGUCUAACAUGGAAUGUGGCCUGAAGGCCGUCUCUGAGUGGCUGAAUAAAAAAGAAAAUGAGGCUGCUGGUGCUAGUGAAAGGUAUGUGUGUGUUUCACAGAGACGGAGGAACCUUCGAUGUCUCGAGCAGUGGUGGUGUGAUAUUCUCCUGUGCUCUCUUCUAUGCAGUGAUUCGUCACAGAAUAAACUGCGUGGGCUUUUGAGAGUGGGGCUGGUGGCAAAAGGGCUCUUACUGAAGGAUGAAUUGGAUCUGGAGUUGGUGCUUCUCUCCAGAGACGUACCCACCAGUUCUCUGCUCAGACUGAUCUCCGGAAAACUCUCAGAGCUCAUAAAGGAUGUUACUGAAGAGAAAUUCGUUAUCACUCCAUCCAUCCAAGAAGCUGCCAUCAUCGUGACCAGCACGACGUCGCCCCUGCUGAAACUGAAAAUCCAUCUGACCUCGCCCAUUGUCAGGGAGCAGGUUGAGAAAGAGUCCGCCGGAGAAUCGUGUGCGGAAAGCUCUCCGCAGGACGCUCUGGACAGGCAGAAAUGCCUGGCUUCUCUGGCGUCUCUCCGCCAGGCCAAGUGGUUCCAGGCUAAAGUUUCCGAGCUGGAGUCGUGCAUGAUCGUGAUUCGGAUCUUGCGGGACCUGUGUUCCCGCGUUUCAUCCUGGGCCCCACUCAAGGGCUGGGUUCUGGAACUGUUGUGCCAGAAAGCCAUUUCAACCAGCGAGAGGCUGCUGGGACCUGGAGAGGCAUUUCGGAGAGUUCUGGAAUGUGUUGCAUCCGGGAUAUUAAUGGAAGAUGGUCCGGGCGUUAUUGACCCCUGUGAGCGAGAGAGCACUAAUGCUGCUGCCCAUCUCACCCGGCAACAGCGGGAGGACAUUACCCAGAGUGCACAGUUUGCGUUAAGACUGUCGGCGUUCGGGCAGCUGUAUAAAGUUCUUGGAAUGGAUCGUCUCACUUCUAAAGUCGCAAGAAUGCUCAGCACCCAGAGCGCAGCAGUGACUGAUGCUCCAGCAAAGAGACCGAGAGUUUUUGAAGCGGGAGAGCAUGAUAUGAGACCGAAGUUUCCAAGAAAAGAAAAGAGCAAGCCGGAGAAUGCGCUGAUGAAGCUGAAUCAGAUACGUCCCGGGACGCUCUACAAACUGACAUCCCAGACCGGUCCUGAACAUGAACCUGAGUUCACCAUGACCGUAGAGGUGGACGGGGUCACAUACGAAGCUACAGGUGCCUCCAAACGCAGCGCCAAACUACACGUUGCCCAGAAAGUUCUGCAGGCAUUGGGUGUCCCCAUGGCAACGGAGGUUAAGCCUGCUGUUGAAAACAAAACCGCGUCCGCAGCUGCGGGCACGGGUUCAGAUGAAACUACGCCCACCGGAUCUGAAGACGGCGCUGAGGGCGGCCCCAUUCUCACCAAACAUGGCAAAAAUCCUGUGAUGGAGCUCAACGAGAAGCGCAGAAGUCUCAAAUAUGAACUUGUCGGCGUCAAGGGCCGUUUCAACGACAAAACCUUCACUAUUGAGGUGGAUGUUGACGGAAAGAAGUUCCAGGGCUCCGGGUCAAAUAAGAAAUUAGCCAAAGCCAACGCAGCGCUGGCGGCAUUAGAGCAGCUCUUUCCGGAAGGUUCUCCUGCAGACCCGCUCAAGAAGAAGCGAUUUCCUCCAACGGGUUUCGGCAUGGCUGGUGUAGCUUACAAUGCAGGUCGAGGUAGAGGAAGAGGCCGUGGGAGAGGAAGAGGAUUCAACCACGCAGGCUCAAAGUUUGCAGGGUCCACCACCAGUGCCGGAGUCCCGUCAACCGCGCCUGUUACCAGCACCACCACCAUGGAUGUCACAGCGGAUCAGUCUGCCAUCUCCAGCGCGAACGCAGCCACCUACCAGGCCGUCCCCCCGCCCAUCACCGGCUAUUACAAUCAGUACAGCCAAACCUACUCCCAGUUCAAGAAACCGGACAUUCAGACUCCAAACCAGAACAAAAACUCCACCCAAGUGCCUCUUGUAGGACCAGACUACGGUUACGGAUACGGGGGUCCUCCUGGAGUGAGUAUGGGAGGACCGGCGGAUUACAGUUACGCAGCAUUCAGUGGACCACCUGGUACAGCGACAUUCGGACCACCCGGUACCACACCCCCGGGAUAUGGCUACACCCAAAGCGCUUACCCAAACUUGGGGGGCUACACCAGUGGAACCAAUACUGCAGACUAUACGUACAGAUAAACAAUGGUGCAUAUUCACAUUCGGACAUUUCUGCAGUACUGUAGGCUCACUAAACAUUCACUCUCUUAGUCGAUUUUAUACGGUGUCUGUGCUAUUUUUGCGUCUUAGUUCUACAAAGAUUAGCGUGAUUUUGAUUCACCGUAGGUUUCAGGAAAUAUCACAUCUGGAAGACGGAAGUUGAUUUCUGUCUGCCUAAAUGGUGGAUGUGACUCACGUGGAAUUUCUUAAUGGUGAUUUGCAAUUUGUUAUUCCCCUGUGAUAUAUUUAUGGUCAUCCUCUUUUUUUAUUUUAGCAGGUUUUGGUUUUCAUCUGAAUGUGAAUAAUAGAAUGAAUACACACUUGGAUGAUUACUUUCCAGAAACCACUAAGAUGUUCCUCAGUUAGGAUUUUUAAGAUGUUUGUUUUGCAUUUCUCAAUGUUACAUUGAAGUCUCUGCUCUCGAUCAGACGAUUGGUGUGUCAUAUCUGUGACCUGUGCAAAAAUAAACGUUUGUUUUUCAUUUUUAA